UCGGAUCCGUCGUUUUCUGUGGGGAAUCUACCGUUCCCGAUUAACCGCCGCCAUGACUCAACCCAUUCCCAAACCGCUUCCUGGCAUGAAGAUCAGGACAAACUAUGUCCCAAAAGCUAGAGGUUUGAAGGUGAAGCAAGUUUCGCAAAUCUGUCCUCGGUGUAAUCAGCCAGUUCCUGCCUCAGAGAUGGCAGAGCAUGUGCGAAUCGAGCUUUUAGAUCCAAAGUGGAAGGAGCAAAGGGCCAAGGCUCGUGACAAGCACAAGGAUUCCAAUCUUGAUAAUGCUACUGUAUCAACCAAUUUAAAGCUACUCGCACGCACUCGGCCGGAUAUAUUUGUUGGUGACGAGUUUAAUAUUGAAAAGACAAUAAAAGAGCAGCAACAGAAGGAUUCGGAACGUCGAAAAGUUAUCUGGGAUGGUCACACGGCGAGUAUCGGAACUGUUACGCAAAAAAUGGGACAGACAUUCAAUUGGGACGACCAACUAGCCGAACUCCAGAAGGAAGCAGAGGAGGCAGCGGCAAAAGCGAAUGCAAUUGGACCAAAGGCACCGAAUCAGGGACCUGCAGUUGCAUCUUUUGCUCCACCGAGCAGUGCAAUUUCUACAUCAACUAGGCAAACAUUCAAUGCCCCCAUGGAUUCGCAACAGCAUUAUGGCUACACGGCAGCCGAAUAUGCUGCAUCAUACCAUACUUAUCCUCAGGAAGCAUCGUAUGGAACGGAAUAUUACGGAGAGGGUUAUGAUGCUUAUGGAUAUGGCCAACAGUGGUAUUCUGACACUGGAUAUUACUCAGCGUAUCCAGAUGUUUAUGCAUAUCCUUCGGCGGCUCCAGCUCAUCCAACUCCCACCGGUCUGGGAAAGCGAAGUGCGUCGGAGGUUACGUCUGAAGCUAAGCGAAUGAAAGCAGAUGUUUAGCAGGUGAACGAUUGUAAUUACAUUAAUGUACAGUAGCGCUGGACCGCACUCAUGAAGAAGACGCUCCUCAUGCCGAUCAUCGCCAUUCUGAGUUUCCUGGAAUGUAAAUUACAGUAUAGCGUGUUGGACGGCCAUGGCAAAUCAAGGAUACUCACAACAUUUGUGGCAGCAUCAGGAGUCCGAAACCGCUAGCCGUGUUCGAUGAUGUUGGAAAGUUUUAUCAUGAGUGACAACCCUCGUAUUUGUUCUAGUGUGUAGGUCACGCUGACAAAAGAUCCAUCAUACUUAGAUACUACGUCGAUCUGGUAUGGUAUGAUAUGUUUUGUGAAAGGUAUGGGCGGAUAAUAAAUUGUUUUAUAAACGAAGCCAGGAUCUGUUAUACUGGUUAGGCCUGUGACCAGGCAGAGCACAUUUCAAUAUUAUGCAAUGCCUUCUCUGCAACUGCGGCUAGGUCGUAGUCAUCCUUCGCCAGGGCAUCUUCCAUGCACUCAACCAAUCUGAAAAAGUUGAGGAUAUCAGAAGAAUAAAUCUCAGUGAGAACUUGGGGCAAAAUUCCUACUUUUCGACUCCAUCGUUUUGCGUAAUGAUGGAACGGUGGAUGCAUGAUCCACCUCCAGGAGUCGUUGAUGGGGAGACCACAUUGAUCAAGACGCCGCAGGUUUGAUAUAGAACACUUCGAUUAGCAUGAUCGAGCAAGAUCGUCAAAAUUUCCGUGCCUAUAUUGAUUGUGUUUAGCGACGAGAUCCAGCUGCUGCUUGCGGUCCACUAAAUUGUACUGGAGACUUCCUACCUCGUUGUUUCGCCAUCACUGAUCGCACAUCAGAGUAGUGCGACAGAUUCGCCAAUAUCCUCAACGCCUCCACCACCGCCUCCGGGUUAUUGUGCAAGAGAAGGUUAAUCAUAUCUAUAUGCGGAAAAAUGUGUUGAAACCAAGUACAUGUAACCUCAAAUAUGAAAAUCGUA